AUGUCAUCGGCACCUGUACACAGGAUCCUGCGACCACUUUUCCUGGGCACCUUCAUCUUAGGGUGCUUCGUGACUCUCUUUUUGAUGUAUUUUAAGCCGUCCACCGGCUGGCUGUCGGGUCCCGUGGAGUCCAACACAUCCAGCGAGCGCCUCAAGGGCGUCUUUUACGCCAAGAGCGACCGGAACGUGACCACGGUGCUCAUUUGGCUCUGGCCUUUUGGACAGACGUACGACUUAAACGUGUGCGCCUCUCUGUUCAACAUCGACUGCUUCGUCACGGCCGACCGAAACCUCUACAACAAGUCGGAUGGCGUCCUCAUCCACCACCGUGACAUCUUCUCUGACUUGUCCAACCUGCCGCCGCUUCAGCGUCCGUCCUUUCAGAAGUGGAUCUGGAUGAACUUGGAGUCACCGUCACACUCGUCCCAGCUGGCCGGCAUCGAGAACAUCUUCAACCUGACGCUCAACUACCGCCGCGACGCCGACAUCGAAGUGCCUUACGGCUCUGUGGUGGCCGCAGAGAGCGAGGAUGACUUCGUCCCGCCCAGCAAGAACAAGCUGAUCUGCUGGAUCGUAAGCAACUGGAACCAGGAGCACGUGCGCGUCAAAUACUACAAUGAGCUCUAUAAGCACAUUGAGGUGCACGCGUACGGUCAGGCCUUCGGCGAGUACAUCGCAGAUCAGGACUACUUCCCCACCAUCGCCAGCUGCAAGUUCUACCUGGCGUUCGAGAACUCCAUUCACAAAGACUACAUCACUGAGAAAUUCUAUAACCCGUUGGGUGUUGGCACCGUACCCGUGGUGCUAGGCCCUUCACGGCAGAACUACGAGAACUUUGUCCAGGGGGACGCCUUCAUACACGUGGAUGACUUUGCGUCGCCCAAGGAGCUUGCUGACUACUUGCUGCUCCUGGACAAGAACGAAGAGAUGUACCUCAGAUACUUUGAGUGGAGGCGGCACUUUAAGGUGAAAAAGGCACAGUUCUGGGCUGAGCACACUUGCCUGGCCUGUGACUACAUACACAGGCACAGGGAGUACAAAACGGUCAAGAACUUGGACAAGUGGUUUUGGGGCUGA